CACAAGCGCGCGCAGAGGACGGAAAACAGCUGUACCGGAGGCCACAACGCGACUGGCGCUUGGGGCUCCUGACUUGGUCUGCAUCCGCAAUGGCUGCUCAGAGUGAUCCAGAGAGCUCGUACUAUGCGCUGCUCUAGACCCACACACAGAAGAGCACAAGCGGAGCCGACUCAAAAUGAGCACCGGAUUCAGCUCGAGCUCGUGCCGCUUCGCGGAUUAUUUCGUGACCUGCGGUCUGGACACCGAGAGCGGCUUAGAACCAGACGAGCUGUCCGCUCUUUGCCAGUAUAUACAGGCUACUAAAUUCAGAGAUGUUGCCGGACAGUUGGCGGGUGCAAAAGAAGGUGAGAAUUUUGAGCAGAGUCCACUGCGGAGAACUUUUAAAUCUAAAGUUCUAGCGCACUAUCCCGACAAUGUGGAGUGGAACCCUUUUGACCAGGAUGCUGUGGGCAUGCUCUGUAUGCCAAAGGGCUUGUCCUUCCGCACCCAGACAGACAUCCGCGGGCCCCAGUUCCACUCUUUCAUUAUCACGAGAGAGGACGGCUCCCGAACCUACGGCUUUGCCCUCACCUUCUUCGAGGAGGUGACCAGCAAGCAGAUCUGCAGUGCCAUGCAGACGCUCUACCACAUGCACAAUGCAGAACAAUACGACAUACUGCACACACCACCCACACCUCGCAGUCCAGAAGACACCCGUCCCACCCCUCAACAUCUGCUCGCUGCUCCCUCCUUGUCUCGACUGCAGCGUUUCAACUCCUACGACAUCAGUCGAGACACUCUCUACGUGUCCAAAUGCAUCUGUCUGAUCACACCCAUGGCCUUCGCCCACGCCUGCAGAAGUGUCCUGGAACAGCUGCACCAGGCUGUCACCUCGCCUCAGCCCCCACCGCUGCCGCUGGAGAGCUACGUCUACAACGUCCUCUACGAGGUCCCGCUGCCACCGGCCGGGCGUUCCUUGAAGUUCUCGGGCGUAUACGGGCCAGUGGUGUGUCAGAGACCCAGCACAUCUGAGCUGCCCCUCUUUGACUUCCCCCUGCAGGAGGUGUUUGAGCUGCUAGGAGUGGAGAACGUGCUACAGCUCUUCACCUGUGCACUACUGGAGAUCCAGAUCCUUCUGUACUCGCAACAUUACCAGCGGCUGAUGACGGUAGCCGAGAGCAUCACAGCUUUAAUGUUCCCCUUCCAAUGGCAGCAUGUGUACGUGCCCAUCCUGCCCGCUUCACUGCUCCACUUCCUGGACGCUCCUGUGCCCUACCUCAUGGGUCUGCACUCCAACGGCCAGGAUGACCGCACCAAGCUGGAGCUUCCCCAAGAGGCCAACCUUUGUUUUGUCGAUAUUGACAACCACUUUAUUGAGCUUCCUGAGGACCUGCCUCAGUUCCCCAACAAGCUGGAGUUCAUCCAGGAGAUCUCGGAGGUUCUGUUGGCAUUCGGCGUAUCUUCAGAGGCAAACCCACAGUGCAGCGAGGGCCAGGGCAGGCUCAGGGGCUUCCCCUCGGGUGACAUGGCUUCUGACAAGCGCAACGGCAACCUGGCUGGCUCACCGCUCAACUCGUACUUGCUGAGAGAAAACCAAACCAUAGCUCGUCUGCAAGCGCUGGUCAAGAGGACUGGAGUCAGUCUGGAGAAGCUGGAUGUGAAGGAGGAUACAAUCACUGAUAAGGAUUCAAAAGUGCAGUGUGAUGAAGAAGAGUUGAAAAAGCAUCAGUUGAACAUUCAUGUGCGAGAGGUCUUCGCCAACCGCUUCACGCAGAUGUUCUCUGACUAUGAGGUGUUUGUCAUUCAGUCCAGCCAAGACAAAGAGUCCUGGUUCAGCAACCGAGACCAGAUGCAGAACUUCGACAAGGCCUCUUUCCUGUCAGAUCAGCCCGAACCUUACCUGCCAUUCCUCUCUCGCUUCCUGGAGACGCAGAUGUUUGCCUCUUUCAUUGACAGUAAGAUCCUGUGCCACGAUGAUGAGGACAAAGAGCACACGCUGAGAGUGUUUGAUUCCCGUGUUGACAAGAUCCGCAUGUUAAAUGUCAGGACACCCACCCUGCGGACCUCCAUGUACCAGAAAUGCACCAACAUCGAUGAAGCCGAAAAGGCCAUUGAGAUGAGGCUGUGUAAGAUCGACCACACGGCUCUGCAUCCCCACCUGCUGGACAUGAAGAUCGGUCAGGGCCGCUAUGAGCCGGGCUUUUUCCCCCGCUUACAGUCCGAUGUUCUCUCUACUGGACCCACCAGCAACAAAUGGGCAAAGCGCAGCGCACCGGCACAAUGGCGGAGGAAGGACAGACAGAAACAACACUCUGAACAUCUCUAUCUGGACAAUGACCAGAGAGAGCAUGUGGAGUGUCUGUUUUCUGAGCUUCAGCUUCUGCUGGCUCUGGACUACUACUGGUUCUCGCAGUCCUUCAGGCCCUGUCUAAAGUCUGUCAAGGUGGAUGUGAAGUACAUCCAGGAGGCCAGGAACCUGGGCACCACUCUCCGCCAGCCCAAACUCUCCAACCUGUCACCUUCAGUCAUCGCACAGACCAACUGGAAGUUUGUAGAGGGACUGUUAAAAGAGUGCAGAAAUAAGACCAAACGCAUGCUGGUGGAGAAGAUGGGCCGGGAAGCGGUGGAGCUGGGCCACGGGGAGGUCAGCAUCACUGGAGUGGAGGAGAACACACUCAUCGCCAGCUUGUGCGAUCUGCUGGAAAGAAUCUGGAGCCACGGUCUGCAGGUCAAGCAGGGAAAAUCUGCCUUGUGGUCGCACCUCUUACAUUAUCAGGAGAGUAAAGAGAAGAGAGACGCUACUCCAGCAGGCCUCGGCCCUCCUGGUAUCAUUCAUAACACAGAGAGACGGAAGUCAGAUGCUGGCUGUGCGAUGCCUCCUCUCAAGGUGUCUUUGAUACAGGACAUGAGGCACAUACAGAACAUCAGUGAGAUCAAGACAGACGUUGGGAAGGCCAGGGCAUGGGUGCGUCUUUCCAUGGAGAAGAAACUGUUGUCCAGACACCUGAAGCAACUUCUGUCUGACCAUGAGCUCACCAAGAAACUCUAUAAGCGCUACGCUUUCCUGCGCUGUGAUGAUGAGAAGGAGCAGUUCCUCUACCAUCUCCUCUCUUUCAACGCUGUGGACUACUUCUGCUUUACCAACGUCUUCACCACGAUUAUGAUACAAUACCAUGUGGUCAUCAUUCCCAGCAAGAAACUAGGUGGCUCCAUGUUUACGGCCAACCCCUGGGUGUGUGUGUCAGGGGAGCUAGCUGAGACCGGGGUCCUGCAGGUCCCCAAAAACACUCUGGAGAUUACAUUUGAGUGCCAGAACCUGGGGAAGCUGACCACAGUACAGAUGGGCCAUGAUAACUCAGGACUGUAUGCUAAGUGGCUAGUGGAGUGUGUAAUGGUCCGCAACGGGAUCACAGGGCACACCUACAAGUUUCCAUGCGGCCGUUGGCUCGGGAAGGGAGUAGAUGAUGGCAGCUUGGAGAGGAUACUGGUGGGCGAACUGGCGACUAACACGACUGAGACUGACGACAGAAUGUGCCGGACUCCUCCAAUGCAGCAAUCCCCCGGGAUGAUGCGAAGAUUUGUCACCAUUUCGCCAAACAGCAAACCAAAGUUAAACACGGGCCAGAUCCAGGAAGGAGUGGGAGAGGCCAUCAACGGUAUCGUCAAACACUUCCAUAAGCCAGAAAAAGAGAGAGGAAGCCUCACAUUGCUUCUGUGUGGAGAGUAUGGUUUAGUAUGGGCUCUGGAGCAGGUGUUCCAGCAUGGCUUCAAGUCACCGCGCCUUUUCAAGAACGUCUUCAUUUGGGACUUUCUAGAAAAAGCGCAGGUGUACUUUGAGAGUACAGAACAGAGUCAGAUGACCCAGGAUGAGAACUGGAAGAUGAGGGUGCGUCAUUUCUGUAAUUUCAUGCGUGCCAUCAACAACACACCCAGAAACAUUGGCAAAGACGGGAAGUUUCAGAUGCUUGUGUGUCUCGGAGCCAGAGAUCACCUGCUGCACCACUGGAUUGCGCUUCUUGCCGAGUGUCCAAUCACAGCACAGAUGUACGAGGACAUGGCGCUCUUAAAGGACCAUUCUCUGGUGAACUCUCUGAUUCGAGUGCUACAGACUCUGCAGGAAUUCAACAUCACUCUGGAGGCCUCUCUCGUCAAAGGGAUCGGGAUAUAAAGCCUGAAUAUAGAGCUAACACAGAUCAGUGGGACCAUGGACUAACUUUUUUAUAUGGAGAGACUUGAACAAAUGACUAAAUGUGCUUAUGUUAAAGCUACUGUCAUGUUUGCCAUAUAUCAAGUGCAAUGAGCCUUUUCAGACGUUUCAUAAUUUUCAUCAACGACGUUACUGACAUUCAAAUACGUCCUUUAUUUUCAUCUAUACUUUUCACGGAAGGUGAAAACCCCCACCUGUGCUAAACCAUUUUAUUAAAAGCUCAAUAUUUUUCGUUGUUGUUGAGGACUGCUGACAAUGGCUAUAUUUAAAAGGAAAACAUGUAAGAAAAGCUGUUAUUAUAUUUUCAAAGAAGAGCUGUGUUAUUUUGAUAUGUGUCAGGUUGCUUGCUCUGUGCUCUAAUCUAAUCCAUACUGUCACAAUGCAGAGUUCGAAGCAAAGGAUUUAGAAGUAUGCUUUAUAAGUACGACUUGUGGGGAAAUCAUAUUUUUACUUAAAAUAAGAAAGGAAAGAUGAGAAAAGGCUCUUUUUUUUUGUAACAAUGCCAGGGACUUGUGUAAUUUUCCUCUAAAUGCAAAUCAGAUUAAAGGCACAGUUCACCCAAAAAUGACACUACCGGUCAAAAGUUUAAAUUAAUAAAAAAAAAAAAAUAAAAAAAAAGAUGUCUUAUGCUUAUCAAGGCUAAUUGAAUAUAUUAAAAAAGUAAUUUAUUUCUGUUAAAAGCUGAAUUUUCAGCAAUCAUUACUUCAGUUUUCAGUGAGUGUCACAUGAUCCUUCAGAAAUUCUAAUAAGCUAAUAUUUUUCUCAUUUAUCAAUUAUUGAUAGAUAUAUAUAUAUGUGUGUGUGUGUGUGUGUAGUUUUAUUCAGCACAUAUGCAUUAAAUUGAUUGUAAAUGACUGUAAAGAUUUUUAUGAUCCUAAAAAAUCUAUUUCAAAUAAAUGCUGUUCUUUUGAAAUUUCUGUUUCCACAAAAAUAUUAAGCAGCAAAACAAAAAAUCCAAAAUAGUUAAUAAUAAGAACCAUUUUAUAGAAUUGAGAACCAAUAAUACUUGAUAAUAACUGAAAACUAAAUCAGCAUAUUAGAAAGAUUUCUGAAGGAUCAUAUUCAAAUGACACUGAAGACUGAAGUAAUGACUGAUGUGGCGUGACAAGAAUAAAUUACUUAAAAAAAGAGAGAGAGAGAACUUUUCUAAAAACUAUUUUUGAUCAAAUCAAAGUGGCCUUAGUGAGCGUAAGACACUUAAAAGUGUUGGUCUAAAAAGUUGGUCAUCAUUUACUCCUCAUGUUAUUCCAUAAUCACAGUUUUUUCUCUUUGUUUUUCUUCCCCAUUUAAAGUGAAUGUCUCGUGUCCUUUCCACUUUCAAUAAAUGGGAAAAGAGCAGCUUGGACCUUUUUCUAAGUGUCUCAUUUUGCUUUCCACACAGAAAAUGGGUGAACUGUCUUCUUGAGCUUAUUGUGAUCCCCUAAAAUGAAAUGAAAGUGAUGCUCAAGCAUAUUUUACGAGAUGGACUGUAAAAACAAAAAACAAUCAAUGCAGAAAGGAUAACAUUAAUGUUUCACUUAAUCCUUUCAAAUUACCGUCACAUUCCCCGUCUCUUCAGCCCUCAGGUCUCGACUGUGGCCAACUACAAUUGCUAUCUGAAGUAGAAUUCAAUUUUAGCACAGUUGCUGUGUUUGUGUCCCUCUCUUUAGUUAAACGCCAACAUCCCCUCUGUUUCUGCUAUGCAAUAUUUACAGCUCCAAAUUUUUGUUUUUGAAUAUUGACGAAAUAUCAUUCACCUGUUUUAGAGUGUAGCAUAAUUUGUAGGACAUAACUGGGAGAAGCACAUCAAAGGUUGAUAUUCAAGUGCCAAUUUCAUCAUAACUGUUCUGGUACCUGUCCAAACACAGCUGGAGGAGCAUUCUGGGAGUUAUUUUUUUUUUGUGUUUUAUCUCUUGAUACAUUUAUAGACAAAGCAGUGUAAUGUAGUAUUAAAUAUUGAACAACUGUGUACAGUGUAUAAAAUGUAUUAAAGGUGGAAAUUAAAUAUGAUUAUGAAGUCUUGACUUUCAAGAGCAAAA